UCGAUAUGUUGUAUCAUGCAUGUCGUCGGGCCAAUUUUCCACGUACAUUAAAUUUUCAUUUCACUUCAUGGGAUGUUCGAUCUCUUUAAAUAACCGGGAUGUUCGAUCUCUUUAAAUAACUCACCACAUAUAUAGAGGAAGAGUUGUAUAGAGUGAACGAAAGAGCGAAACAGAGAAAAGCAAAACACAAAAAGAAAAUGAGGUGUGUUUUCUGGAUUCAUUUGUGUGUUCUUCUACUUGUGUUUAUUACUAGUUCUGCACCAGAGCUAACGAUCUCGAGUUCCUGUCCUAGCCACUGUGGGAAUAUCUCGAUACCGUACCCUUUUGGCAUCGGAAAAGAUUGCUACCUCAACGACUGGUAUGAGAUCCGAUGCAUCCAUAAUUCCUCCGUCCCGUUUCUGACUACGAUCCAAAAAGAAGUUGUGCGAAUCGACCUUCCGGAACCAGUAAAUAACGGGUCACAUCCUUAUGGUUUGAUCCGUGUCAAAGCUAAUAUUACUUCCAUGGGGUGUUCAGGCGGCAAUGGACACAACUUGGAAGAGGUUUUAAAUUUCACGGGAACACCCUUUUCCAUCAGUGAAGACAACACACUUGUGGCGUUCGGGUGCAACAGCAAGGCCACACUUACGAAUGUUGAACCGAGUAUUGUUGGAUGCAUCUCCUCUUGUGAUCCAAGUCUUGAGCUGCCACAGUUCCUAAAAAAAUCAAGCUGCUAUGGCGGUUUCAAAUGUUGCAAUGCACGUACACCCGCAGACGUCGGUCGAUUAAUUGGUGUGAAAAUAGAGAGCGCUUAUGGUAACGAAACAAGACAAGAGUGCAAUGUAGCAUUCUUAACCGAUGAGUAUGACCAACCCUCAUUGUGGCCCAAUAGAACUGAUUCGUCAAGGCUUCACGCUGGGAAAUAUGCUACAAUCCAGCUAAAGUGGCAAGUUUUGGCGUCUCAUCCUUCGUUUGAAGAAUCCUUGGUGUGCGGCCAAAACUUUGACGACGAUUUUUACUCUAAGCCUUGCUACUGCGACGUGGUGCACUUUGUUGAGUACAGCUACCUAAGUUGUGCUUGUACCAAUGGUUACGAGGGCAACCCUUACACUCCAAACGGGUGCAAAGAUGUUGAUGAGUGUAAAAAGCUCCAAGAUGAUGGACGACGUCUCGACCUUUGUACUAAAAGCGGCGAAAUUUGUCACAAUAUUCCGGGUUCAUAUGAGUGCAAACCGAGUUAUAAAGCUCUCGUAACUUAUAUAGGUAAAUCCAGUAACUCUAUUUAUUUCCAUUUUUUAACACUAGGCGAAAUUAUAUAGUGCCUAGUAAUUGUGGAAAAACUUUUA